ACAAAACCAUAUUCACUCUAUUUUCCAAUUUGCAUAUUACUUUGAAGCUACUCCUAUAUUUUGAGCAUACGGGCAAUUAUGGGUUCGUGAGUAAGCUUUAGCUGCACACAAAGCUUCUCGGAGGAUCGUUGAAUCUUGGGAGUAGAGCAUCAUUCAACCCAGUGCAGAAUGGGACGUAUCUUCUCUUAGGAAGGUGCCACCAUACGUGCCUCGAUCCACAGAACCUGAAAUGGCUCCGCGCAGAGGAAAUAUGGUAACAGUGCUGAGUAUUGACGGAGGUGGCAUCCGAGGGAUUAUCCCUGGCACCAUCCUCGCCUAUCUCGAAUCGAAGCUCCAGGAAUUGGAUGGACCUGAUGCAAGAAUUGCAGACUAUUUUGAUAUAAUAGCUGGGGCUAGCACAGGAGGCCUGGUGAGCACAAUGCUUGCCACUCCCAAUAAGGACAACCGCCCUCUGUAUGCUGCUCGAGACAUUAACAAUUUCUACUUGAAGCAGAGCCCUUCGAUCUUCCCUCAGAAUGCCAUCAACAACUCAACAACGGGGCCAAAGUAUGACGGGAUUUACUUGAAGUCCUUGCUACAACAAGCAUUGGGUGACAUCACCAUCGGCCAAACACUAACAGAUGUGGUCAUACCAACUUUCGACAUCAAGUACCUUCAACCCAUAAUCUUCUCUACGGACGAUGGAAAAGAACACGUAUCGAAGAAUGCACUUCUAUCAGAUAUUUGCAUCGGCACUUCAGCAGCUCCAACAUAUUUUCCAGCACAUUACUUUGACACCAAAGAUAAGGAUGGAAAUACACGCACUUUCAAUCUUAUCGAUGGCGGGGUUGCAGCAAAUAAUCCCACUCUAUUGGCCAUGACCCACAUUUCCAAGCAAAUAUUUAUGGGCAGAUUCAAGUUUAACAACGUCAAACCCAUGGAGACCGACAGGAUGUUAGUCUUAUCCUUGGGCACUGGGACAGCCAAGCAAGAAGAAAAGUACAACGCAGCCAUUGCUUCAAAAUGGGGCCAACUCAACUGGGUAAUGGACAACGGAGCCACGCCAUUGCUCGAUGUCUACGGUCAUGCAAGCGCCGACAUGGUUGACAUUCACAUUUCCACCCUCUUCCAAUCCCUUCGGUGCGAACAUAAUUACCUUCGCAUUCAGGAUGACGCAUUGACCGGUGAUACGUCGCCGGUUGAUGUCGCAACCGAGGAGAACUUGAAGAGGCUUGUGCAAAUCGGGGAAGAGCUGUUGGAGAAGCCGGUGUCGAGGGUGGAUUUGGACACGGGAAGAUUUGUGGCAAUUAAGAAUGGAGGUAGUAAUGCAGAAGCUCUCAACUACUUUGCCCAGAUGCUCUCGGAUGAAAAGCGGCUCAGGGAACGUGAGGAUUAAGCUAUGCCUUCAUCAUGUAAUCGCUUGGAUGGAUAAUAACUUGUCCGCUACAAUGUUCGCAGUCUGUUUUACACAUGAAGAGAGGAAAGUAAAGGCAGCAAGUCACCGUAUUGUCCUUUUAAUUUCGAUCGAUUUCAGUUUCAUAACUUGAGAGAAGUUGCAAGGACCAAUGUUUAUUUUUUUGCUCAACGAGGAAGGCAAUUUUAUUUAUA